AAAAAAAAAACCUCGAAAAAAUGUUAAGCUCAUCUCUUAGAUCAUUCUCUAAGAAGACUUCUUUGAUCAAGAGUCUCAACAAGAGCGUUUUGAAUGCUCGUUGUUACGCUUCUCUCUCCAAGGAAGAAAUUGGAAUGUGGAAGAAGGAAAGAGAAACCGCUGGUGUCAAAUCAUCACCAAACGAUGAAUUCUCUGAUGACUUCUUGUACUACCUUUCCCAAACUGAAUACACUAGCUUCGUUACUGAAUGUAAGAAGGCUGGUAGAUUGGACGAUGCUCAAGUUAAGACUUUGACUGACAGAUACAAUAACCUCAUGAAGACUAAGAAGGAAACUUCUGAAAAGUGGGCUGGAUACAACAGAGGUAAAGUCUCCCAAAUUAUCGGUCCAGUCGUCGAUUGUAUCUUUGAAGGUGCUUUGCCACCUAUUGGUAACGCUCUCCACAUGUUGUUGCCAGGUCCAAACGGUCAACCAAUCGUCUUGGAAGUUGCUCAACACUUGGGUGAACACGAAGUCAGAACCAUUUGUAUUUCACCAACUGAUGGUCUCUUCAGAGGUAAGGAAUUAGUUGACACUGGUGGCCCAAUCACUGUCCCAGUCGGUAGAGAAACUCUUGGUAGAGUCUUGAACGUUUUGGGUGAACCAAUCGACGAAAGAGGUCCAGUCAAUGCUAAGAACAGAUACUCAAUCCACAGAGAUGCUCCAGUCCUUUCUGAACAAACUACACAAGACGAAAUCUUGGUUACCGGUAUUAAGAUUAUCGACGUUUUGAUCCCAUAUCCAAAGGGUGGUAAGAUUGGUUUGUUCGGUGGUGCUGGUGUCGGUAAGACAGUCGUUAUCAUGGAACUUAUUAACAAUAUUGCUAAGAAGCACGGUGGUUUCUCAGUUUUUGGUGGUGUCGGUGAAAGAACCAGAGAAGGUACUGACUUGUUGUUGGAAAUGAUCCAAUCUAGAGUCAUUGUUGUUGAUGGUGAAGGUUCAAAGGCCUCCCUUGUCUACGGACAAAUGAACGAACCUCCAGGUGCUAGAGCUAGAGUUGGUCAAACUGCCUUGUCUAUUGCCGAAUAUUUCAGAGAUGAAGAAGGACAAGAUGUCUUGCUCUUUAUUGACAACAUUUUCAGAUUCACUCAAGCUAACUCUGAAGUCUCUGCUCUCUUGGGUAGAAUUCCAUCUGCUGUCGGUUAUCAACCUAACUUGUCUACCGAUAUUGGUGAAUUGCAAGAAAGAAUUACUUCCACAAAGAAGGGUUCUAUUACCUCAGUCCAAGCUAUUUACGUUCCUGCUGACGAUAUUACCGAUCCUUCACCAGCUACUACAUUUGCGCACUUGGAUGCCACAACUGUCUUGUCCAGACAAAUUGCCGAACAAGGUAUGUAUCCAGCCGUCGAUGCCUUGGAAUCCAUGUCUCGUUUGAUCAAUCCUUCUGCCAUUGGUAAAUAUCACUACGAUACUGCUGACGGUGUCAGAAAGUGUUUGCAAGAAUAUCAAAACUUGCAAGAUAUUAUUGCUAUCUUGGGUAUGGACGAAUUGUCUGAUGAAGAUAGAUUGACUGUCGAUCGUGCCAGAAGAUUGCAAAAGUAUUUGACUCAACCUUUCGCUGUUGCUGAAGUCUUUACUGGUAAGCCAGGUUAUUUCGUCGAAUUGGAAGAUGCUGUCGAAGAAGCCAGAGGUAUCAUUGAAGGUAAAUACGAUGAAGUUCCAGAAGCCGCUUUCUUCAUGUCUGGUAACAUGACCAUUAUUUUAGGUACUGCCAAGAGAAUGGUUGACGAUUUGAACGCCAGAUUGCUUGCCGAUAAGGAAAGAUUGAAGAAGGAAGAAGACGAAUAAGUGUAUCAAAUGUAAAUUUACGAACGUGGGAACCCAAUUUUCAUCUCAGGAAAAAUAAAAAGAACUUGAGGUUUUUUCUCUUAUAUAUU